AUGUCCGAUAGCACCGUCAUCGGCAUUGUCCUCAUCGCCCGCCAUGGCGACCGGUACGAGAACUUCCAGAAUCCAGAUACGUUUGCUGUGUCGCAGACGGCCAUUACACCACUGGGAGAGCAACAAGAAUGGCAGCUUGGCAAUUUCCUACGCUCUGUGUACCUCGACCCGACCUCGCCAUCAUAUAUCGAGGGCAUCUCACCCUCCACCUCUGUUUUCAACAGCAGCCAGGUAGCGGUGUAUGCCGACAAUGACUUUCCGGACGAUACCGUCAUUUUGGACAGCGCUGUAGCUCUCACGCAGGGCCUCUGGCCGCCGACUGCUCUACAGAAGAUCACGUUGGCCAAUGGCACGACUAUCACUAACCCACUCGGAGGAUAUCAGUAUGUACCAGUCAACGGAAUCAACCCUGACAAAGAUGUUUCUCUCGAGGGGACAACGGACUGCACAACUUUUCUCAAUCGCGCCCAAGUCCUGUACAAUUCGACGUUGUUCCAAGAGGUGUCUGCAGAUGUCUCCGCCUUCUUCGCCGCGCUUCCGCCCUAUGUCGGAGGCCGUCCCAUUGAACUGCAGAAUUCGUGGAAUAUAUUCGAUUACAUGAAUGUACAAGACGUUCACAAUGCAACCUAUGCGUCUACCGUCCCAGAAACACUGCUGGAGCAGGCGCGAGCCCUCGCCAAUUGGGAGCAAUAUCAGGUAUUCAGUGACCCUUCGUUCAAUGGCAUCGGCAACAUUGCUUUCCAAGCCAUGAUUCCUGGCAUCAUCGCCGCGUUCAACGAUAUCACAUACCCGUCCAGUGGUCUCAAGCUGACUUACUAUGCCAUCAACUACAAGCCUUUCCUCAGCAUGUUCAACAUGACCGGUGUCGUUGCAGAUGGCUCGCUUCCCGAGGCAUUCGUGAACUAUGCCUCCGCGGUCGUAUUCGAAGUUCGCACGUCCGCAUCAUCUCCAGAGCCCUUCCUCCGCUUCCAGUUCAAGAACGGCACCGAUGACACCGAACUGCAUUCGUACCCAUUGGCCUUCGCAGGAUGGGACGGCACGACCUCGGGCACCGAUGUUCCUCUGUCGACAUUCAUAUCGGCCUUCCAGCCUGCCGGGAUCAACACGACUCUUGAGUGGUGCAACGCUUGUGGCCAAACGACAGAACGCGGGUGCGAUGUCGCCUUGGCUGCUGCUAGUGCCGGUGUUACGGCAUCGGCCCUUGUCGCUCGGGAAGGAAUGGGCGCAUACUCUGUCGAACACCCUGUGCAUGCGUGUAAUCGUACUGGGUCAUUCAGUACUGGCAUGUGGUGCGGUGCGCUAAGCGCGGUCAUAGUACUCAUGGUCAUAAUCACCGGGUUGAUGGUAAGGUGGAAGCGCGGGAAGAGCUCGAAGGCUGCUGUCAGCCCUUUGUUCGGCAUGCAACCUUAUCAUUAUGUAGACGAGAAGACGAUGCAUAUAUGA